AUGACCAGGCCUCCGAGUAUUGCGCCUUCAGAAAAGUCAGUACCUCCUCCACCUGGCUCUACCAAAUCAGCCUCGGAGGACGUCGAAUCUGCGGCACCAUCAGAACCCGAACAGCCGCCUCAGUAUUCCAUAUAUACGACAUGGGAGAAACGGUCCAUCGUCCUGGGCUCUUGCUUGGCUGCAUUUUUCUCGCCCUUCACGGCUCAGAUCUAUCUACCCGCCCUAACAGCCCUGGCCCAGGACUUCAAUGUCUCUGACUCUGACAUGAACUUGACCUUGACCACCUACAUGAUAUUUCAGGCCAUUGUGCCCAUGUUCAUAGGGUCAUUAGCGGAUAACAGCGGCAGACGGCCAGCUUAUGUCAUCUGCUUCGUCGUUUACAUCGCUGCUAAUAUUGGUCUCGCAUUAUCGAAAAACUACGCGUCAUUGCUAAUAGUUCGGUGUUUGCAAUCCGCUGGAUCCAGCAGCACUGUCGCGCUCGCUUCAGCUGUUGUGGCUGACAUCGUCACUUCUGCGGAGAGAGGUCAGUACAUUGGGAUCACGGUGGUUCCUAUCGUUCUCGCGCCAGCUCUAGGACCAGUUCUCGGCGGUAUUCUUACCCAGUUUCUCGGCUGGAGGUCCAUCUUCUGGUUUCUCGCCAUACUGUCCGGCGUGUUUUUCGUUGCCCUGUUGCUUUUCUUCCCAGAGACUUGCCGGAAGAUCGUUGACGACGGUUCCAUUCGGCCACCAAAACUGUACCGAACUGGUUAUCAGUUACUCAAGGACUAUUUCAAGAAGAGAAAGGGAGAACGUGCUCCGGUGGGAAGAUCAACUACUGGAGGAACAUCGAUCACUUCUAGGCCGUCGCUCAAGUUUAAAAUCAACCCUUUCGGCUCACUCGUCCUACUUUUUGAGAAGGAACUUGGCCUGCUUCUCGGCUUCAGCGCUGUUGUCUUUGCCGGGUUUUACGCUAUAGCUGCCUCGAUGCCGACUCAGUUCGAGAGGCUGUACGGCUUUGACAGUUUGAAAGUCGGUCUCAUGUAUUUACCACUGGCCGGAGGCUCUGUUGUGGCUGGUUUCGUCGUUGGACCACUAAUCAACUGGAACUACCGUCGACACUGCAAGCGCCUAGGUAUUCCGUAUGACAAAUCCCGCCAACAAGACCUGUCUGAUUUUCCCAUCGAAAAGGCUCGCCUCGAGAUCGGCCUGCCUUUGCUGUAUCUCAGCUCGAUUUUGCUGCUAGUUUGGGGUUGGGUUCUUCACGCCGGCCCUCCUGUUGCCGUGCCCUGCGUGCUUCUCUUCCUAUUUGGCGUGGGAAUGAUUGGAUUCAAUAAUACGACCAACACUCUAAUCGUCGAUAUUCAUCCUGGGCGGGCCGGUACUGCGACAGCUGCGAAUAACUUCACUAGAUGCCUUCUUGGCGCCGCUGCGACAGCAGCCAUUCUGCCAAUGAUCAAUGGAAUGGGUGUCGGAUGGGCCUUUACUCUGCUAGCCCUGUUAUACAUUGUAUGCAGCCCCUCGUUGUUGGCAGUCAUGUAUUGGGGCGUCAAGUGGCGCAAGGCGGCGAAAGAGAAGGAGCUGAAGAAAAAGAGUGCGGCUUGA